AUGCUACAAAUCUCUUCAACAAUAUUACCACUUCAUGAAGAUUAUAAAAAACCAAUUCGUUCAGCUGAGUUUUUGAGUUCAACUAUUUAUCCACCUCCUUCUGACAAAGUUACAUUUAGUGUUGAAGAAUAUGAAAUUUUUAAAGUUACAAAUAAG